UAGUGCAGCCAGUUCAGCUAUAAAGAACAGACCUCUACUACUUUAAGCGCAGAAAGUGCAAGAGUUCAAUCAAAACAGACGUCAGACCUUGUAGUUCUGCAGUCAUCUGCAGUUUGCCUGCAAUUUGUUCGUACGACAUUAUAACAUUCAUAGAAUAAUAACCGAUGGGGUCGAAAAUCUGGAAAUGGAAAAAUAUACCGGGCAUUCCAGGCCGAUGCAACGAUGUACUUUAUACACCACCAAAGUUGCAGCCAACACACGAUCUUCUUGUAUUCUUUGGCGGUGAUGUCCAAGAUAUUCGAGAAAAUAUGGAAAAACAUUCAGAUAGUAAGAAAUAUAUGAAAUGGAACUUAGAAAACACUGCAACUAUACUCUCUGAACAAUUUCCUAGAAGUCAUGUAUUUAUUGUUCGUCCAAGCAGGAUGUUAUUAACUAAAUAUGCAGUCUUCAGUUGUUUCGAUAACUUUGUACCAGGAGACAAAUAUGGUACACCCUCAUUUUGCCCGAUGCACAAGGCUUUAAAACAUUUAAGAGAACUUCUUCUUUGCUGCCUAGAACACAUUAAAACAUUAAAAAUGGAAGAAGAUAUCGAUGAUGUUCGUAAUAUUGAAGCAACAAAUUUAAAUCUAAUGGGCUUCAGUAAAGGAUGUGCGGUUUUAAAUCAAUUUCUUUAUGAAUUUCACUAUUAUGCUGAAAAUCCAAGUGAGAAUAUUAAUAUAAAUAAUUUUAUAAAACUCAUCAAAAGUAUGUGGUGGCUGGAUGGUGGACACAAUGGUUCCAAAAAUACAUGGAUUACAGAGCACAGUAUACUUCGAUCUUUUGCUAAAUUAAGAAUAAAUGCUCAUGUACACGUUACGCCAUAUCAAGUGCGUGACAUUCAUCGGCCAUGGAUUGGUUUGGAAGAAAAUAGGUUCAAUGAGGUCUUACAAAAUAUGGAAGUAUCUGUACGACGAACUUUACAUUUUGGCGACAGACCGCGAAGUUUAUCAUUGCAUUUUAAUAUUCUUACAGAUAUCGGAAGUAAUGUAGAAUAAAGUUGUUGUACAUUUUUCAAAUGUUGAAUGUUGAAAAUAUAUUAAUUGAUCAUUUAUCUACAAAUUAAAAUAAAAUUGGUACUAGAUGGUAAGUACUAGAUGGUAAUAGAUACCAACUGUUUUCUCAUUUAAGAAUCAAAACGAACAUCAAACUAUAUAUGUAAAAUCUUGAUCUUAUUGAUAAUAUAAUUGUGUAAUUUAAUUCUUGUAUUGCAGAUUAUUUAAACAAAUAAUUUAAUAGAAUUUAUUUUAUGGAAUAUUCCUGCAAUAUAUACCUUAAUUUGUCCACAAUAUAUUCUUAAAAUCUAGUCAUAAAUAAUAAAGUUCAUUACGUACAAAUGUAUGUGAUAUAAUAUUUACAGUAUUAUUACAAUUACUGUGUGUAUACAAUUUUUAUGAUAUUAUUACUAUAUGAUAUGCUAUGUGAUAUUUUUUGAAUAAUUACUAGUUACAAAACUAAUAGAGAUUGUAAUUGUUUAUUUUAAU